UUCCCCACGCCGGGGCUUCAAUUCAGUAACUUAUCCCUUAACGGACGAUUCACAACCAUAGCUCUCGUUUCCCAGCUUCCUAUUGUUCUCUACUAUAUCGCUAUUAACUACUUUUAUUCAUUCAUUCCUACAUUCCUACUCUCUGGCUUAUAUUCAACUCCGACGGCAUCACAAUGAGCUCCAUCCGGCGCAUGUCCCCUACGGACUUGCUCUCCCUCAACCUGACAAACCUCGACCCAUUAACGGAGAACUAUGACCUGGGUUUCUACCUCAAUUACCUUAUGCGGUGGCCGUCUCUCUUCAGUACCAUCCAAGAUCGCCAGGAAGGCAUUGUCGGCUACAUCAUGGGAAAGCUCGAAGAACAACACCCGUCCAUGCGUCACUCCGAACACUACACUCCCUGGCAUGGCCACAUCACCGUCUUGACCGUUGCGCCCGCAUGGCGCCGACUUGGCCACGCUCGCCGUCUCACCGAGCGCCUAGAGCGCGGGUCCGACAUCAACGACGCAUGGUUCGUCGAUCUGUACGUUCGCGCAGGGAAUAAAAUAGCGGUGGAUAUGUAUAAGGGCAUGGGGUACUCGGUCUUCCGGCGGGUAGUCAAUUACUAUAGUGAUGAUCCGACGGGGAUGUCUGCUUCAGGUGAAGACGCUUUUGAUAUGCGAAAGCCGUGUACGCGGGACAAGAAUUUACAGCAUGUACGGGAGAAAGGGGAGGAUUUCCUUGUUAGCCCGGAGGAUGUUUCGUAGAGGUUAUGAUCGGUUUCGAUGUGUUGCGUAGGUGUGCAUGCAUCUUAAAAGCUCGAUUUAUCUGUUAGCAUUUAGGUGUUUCGGUGUUGUUUCUUUCUUUUCUUUUUUCGUCUCUUUCCUGAGAGUUCUUAUUCAUCUGUCAUCGCUUCUUGCUCUAUUAGAUUUAGUCGGUGUAAAUGAACAUGGAACGAAA